AUGCCACCAAAGAAGAUAAAAAAGGCCCAGUUCGAGUCUCGGGAUUUGGUAUUGGCGAAAAUGCACGGGUUUCCUGCUUGGCCAUCGUUUGUGAUGCCCGAAGACAUGGUACCGGAUGCAAUAAUGAAGGCAAAGAAGAAAACCACAAACUAUUGCGUUAUUUUCAUUCCGGAUGGAGACUUCUACUGGAUGAAUGACAAGAACCUCGAACCUUUGUCGGAGGAGAAGUUAGAUAAAAAGUUGGAAAAGAUCCCCAACAAUAAACCGAAGAAGAAAGCUGGGGGGAGGACACUUCAGGUUACUGAUGCACUCUUAGCGACAAAAGGAUUGGACUUUGAUGAGUUCAUGGAAAGGUUAGACAAAGAUAGAAUUCAGGGUGAUGAGGAUGAAGAAGAGGCAGAGGGAUACGAAGAUGAAGAGGAAUACGAUGUAGAUGAAACAAGCGAAUCAAAAAAACCGAAUGUCGAUGAAGAAGAGGAAGCAGCAACAGAAGGAGUUGCAAUGGAAGAAGAGGAUGACCUGCUGUCAGAGAAAAAUAACAGAUCGAGAAGGAAGCGUUCUAUAUCAAGUAACGGCAAGCGUAAAAACUUGAAGGCUUCCAACACCACACCGACAGCGUCGUCACAGGCUGAAUACACGAACGGUCAUAAUAAGACUAAGCUGGGGGGAAGUCCGAAACUCACUGAAGAAGAGAAACAACACCAAUUAUGGCUAUGUCGGAUCAAAUUACAACGAUCAUUAAUUCAAAGAAACCAACCCGUUACCCCUGCAAACCCCAAACAGUUUCCACCUCCCACCGCCAACGAGCUCCUGGUCGCUAGACUCAUAUUACACCGUCUAGUCGAGUUUCCUGUAAAUUUAGAAUUGCUUAAGAAAACCAAAAUCCAUAAAGUACUCAAAUGCAUAUUGAGGGAUAAGGACCUCGAGUAUCCCGACAGUUUCAAAUUGCACGAAAAAUGCGAGGAAUUGUUAGCGAAGUGGAAUCCUAUAAUCGAAGACCUAAAGGUAGAAAAGCUGAAGGAUCCUAAUGGCCAGAACUUAAACCAUAACCAUUCAUCAUCCACAACGAGUGCGCUAACCGACGUCAAAAACAACGAGUCCAGGCUCAGCAGUCUGGCACCUGACGACUCAGAGAUCUCGGCUCUCGAAAACGUCACCAACGACUCCAUAAAAAAGGAAUCUGCCAAUGGCAACUCCGACUACCGCUCUGAAAACGAUGCCACCGUGCAGUCUGAUCUCAAAAACGAGCCCAAGGACUCCGAAGACAUCAAUGAAUCCGUCACCAACGACGUGUCUGUGAUAAGCUGA